UAUUUAACUGUACCUAAAAAUUUGACUCGUGACAACGACAAGUCAACGGCUUUAGGACAUGUCGCUGAAGCUGGACUGUUUAAUUCAAGCGUCACCAUGUUCUAAACCAAGUCUGAAGCUUCAGCUCAAAGCCAAUGGCACCGAAAGAUGGUGGCGAGGCGUCUUCCAAGCUCGUUUUGUAUUCAUACUGGCAGAGCUCCUGUUCUUGGCGUGUUCGCUUCGCUUUGAACCUCAAAGGGCUUUCAUAUGAGUACAAAGCGGUGAACCUUGCGAAAGGAGAGCAGUUUACUCCAGAUUUUGAGAAGUUGAACCCUCUCCAUUUUGUUCCGGUUCUAGUUGAUGGUGAUGUUGUAGUCUCUGAUUCGUAUGCAAUCUUGAUGUAUUUGGAGGAAAAGUAUCCUCAAAGAACUCUCUUACCAGCUGAUCCCCAGCAAAAAGCCCUGAAUCUUCAGUUUAUCAUGCCACAGGUUGCCAGCAUUAUUAGCUCUAGCAUACAGCCUCUUCUAAUGCUGUCAAUUCUGAAAUAUCUUGAGGAAAAGGUUGGCCUAGAAGAGCGACUUCUAUUUGUUCAAACUAAUAUUGAAAAAGGUUUCCUUGCUCUUGAGAAGUUGCUGAAAGACUUUGUUGGCAAAUAUGCCACAGGAGAAGAAGUAUACAUGGGUUUUGUCAUUUGCAGGCUGAUGUAUUUAUGGCACCUCAGAUUGCUGUGGCUACAGAACGGUUUAAGAUUGACAUGUCCAAGUUCCCUACUUUAAGUAGGAUAUACGAGUCCCAGAGGGCAUUACCUGAAUUCUUAGCUGCCUCACCUGAAAGACAACCUGAUGCUGUCCAUUGAUUAUGGUGUUCCACUUGACUAGUUACGACCACAGCUUAUUGCCGAGUAGUAGCGCCACAUUGAAAGCAAUUUGCUUUAAACUUUGUAAGAUUUUACUGUGUCUGCUAUUUGUAUUAAGUUAGUCAUUGGUUUUCAAAUCCGAUCUGAGGAUUUUUCAGGAGACAAAAAACCCCUUGGAUAUCAAAGAUGAUUGUGUCUUUAUUGUCCAAAUAUUUCUGGUGGUGGUAGUGUCAGCAGAUUGGAAAGUUCAUUUACAUAUGUAAGCUGCAUAUAUGCAUCAAAAGAUUGCUCUCCUGCAUGUAUUUCUUCUGUUAA